AUGAACAAGUCAGACAAAAAGUUCAUCUUGAAAUUAUUUAAAAUUAAAAAUGGGAAUAUAAAUUUGCUGAAGAAUAGAAUAACACAUUUUACCAUUAACAACAAAUGCAUACAUAUAGUUUUGUGUAACAAUGCUUUAAUAAAAUAUUAUGUUGAAGAUAAUGAACUAUCUUACAUAGACUUCUACAAUAAGAAAACAACAAAUAAUAAAGCGGAAAUAAGAUCCAUGUUUUUUGAUAAUAACUGUUAUCAUGGAUUUAUAUGCUUAGCAAAUAAGGAAUAUAUAUAUGUUCACUUUGAAAAUAAUAUUGUUCGAAAUUUAGGGAAAUUAAAAAAAUAUAACAUCACAAGUGUAUGUUUUAAUGAUUAUACAGAAAUAAAAAACUCGUUUCCAUUUUUAAUAGCUACAAAGGAUGGGGAAAUUCUUGAAAUGAGCAUAAACAACAAAACAAAAAAUAAUAAAGAUCAUGAAACUAUAUUCUCUAAUGACAAAUUGUCCAUUCUUGAUAUAAAUAUGGUAAAUGUAAAACUGAGUAAUACAAAUGAUGAUGAAAUGUUACGAAUUAUUUAUUUUAGUACAAGUAAUAGUUUACACGAAAUUAGCUACACAUAUAAAAAUAGUAAGACGAACAGUUCAGAAAAAAGUGAAACAAAUAUGGGAGAAGUUAAAAUAAAAACAAAUAAUUUAUUUGCUAAUAAUAAUAGUAAUUCACUGGAAGAUACAAAAGUGUAUGAAUGUGGCAUGGACUCCUUAACCUCUAUUUUAAAAAUUGAAAAUAUCCGAAAUAAAAACUAUUUAUUCUGGCUUAAUGGAUGUUGUAUAUUCAUUAGUAAAAUAAAUAAUUAUAAAAAAAAAAAAAACGCAAAAGGAGGGAAUACCAGGAAUGCUAAUAAACAUAUGAAGAAUAAACAUCUUACCAAUUUUGAUGAUAUUGAUUUCUUAUCCAAUUCAUCGGAAUCUAAUAAUUCAGAUAAGGGGAUUAACAUCAUAUCCAUUAGUGAAGACGAAGAAAUGCGAAAACAAGAGAAACAAAGAGAAAAGGACAAAAAUAAAAAAAUUAUACAAAGAAAAAGAUUAUACAAAAAUAAUCAUCACUAUAAAAGGGAUUCGGAGCCAGAUGAGGAAAACAGUAGUAACAAAAAUAUAAACAGAAAUAACUGUCUAUUUAACAUUGAAUUUUAUUUAGAUAGUAAUUAUGUCAUAGUUAACUUCUUAGACUUAAAUAUAUUUACCAGCGAAAAUAUAAAUAAUUUUUCCUUUACAAAGGCUUUUUAUGAAUCCAUAUAUAAUAAGGCAGAUAAAAUAACGUACCAUUCUGAGGAGGAAAAUAUGCAGGACCGGGAAAAAGAAGCAAAGCAGAAAAUGAAUAAAUCGAAAAUUUAUGAGAACACUGUUUCGUCUAUAAUUGAUAUGUGUGUAAAUGAUUUAUAUAUUUUCCUCUUACUAGAAGAAAAAUUUCUUAUCAUUAAUAAUAUAAAUUUUAAAAUAGUAUAUGAACAAACAUUAGCUAUUGAAACAUAUGGUGAUGUUAUACGAGUAAUGAAAGAUAACUUCGACAAUAAAGUAUGGCUGUGUACAUCGAAAUAUAUUUUUAAUAUACAUAUAAACAAAAAUAAAAAUGAUUUGAUUGACUUAAAUCUGAAGAAAAAAAAUUUUGCAAAAAUGUUGGAACAUAGUACGAAGAAUGAAAGGAUUCGGAUAAAAAAACAUUUAUUAAAAAAUAAUAAAUACGAAAUAGAUCAAUAUAAAUAUACAAAUAUAAAUACAGAGGAAAUGUUAAUAUCCUUUUUGCAUAAAAAGCAAUAUUUUCUUAUAUCCUCUUACCUAUACAAGAAUAUACAUUGCUAUAACAACAUUGUCAGAAUAGCUUUCUUCAUAUGGCUUAUUCAGAUUUACUCUUAUUCGAUAGAUUUAUAUUCUUAUUUAUAUCGCGCUACCUCAUACUACUAUGCUUAUGGAGCGACAAAAGAGAGUAUUACUCAGGGGAAUAGAGUAAAUGAGAAAAAAAUAAGCAACUCUUCGGAUGACUCAGAUGAUAGUUCAGAAAAAAUGGAUGAAUUCACCGACAAGUCGGAUGAAUGCUCCGACCAGUUCAGUGGAUGCUCCGAUGAAUCGGAGGAGUAUUCAUUGGAAUCGCAAGAAUGUGUAGACAAACGACAUGAUACAAUUCAGUUGCCAAGUGAUGAUAUGGAAAAAUUAAACAAAGCAGUAGAAGAAAAAUCACCAACACGUAAUGGUAUGUCUAACAUAGUCGAAGACAGAAAAUUAAGGAACCAUAAUAUACUAAAUAGGGGAAGGGGAAAAAAGGGAGAGGAAAUUGUAGGGGAAAAAAAAGAUUUCCAUAUAAAUGUGGAACAGAGCCUUACAGACCUUUCUAAUGAUAAGAAUAUACACGUCAAAAGGUCGAGAGAUACAAGUACAAAUUACGGGAAUAAUUGUAGAAGCAGUGAAUUUAUUGCGAAUAAUAACAGAAAUGAGGAAAUGGAUUAUAACACAGAGGGUGGAAGCUGCACAAUAAUAAAUAAUAACUACAAGAAAGAAGUACAUAUAUGUAAGGAAAGUAAUAAAUAUUUAAAAAGUAAUAAAAAUUCCUUCCUUCUUUUUUUCGAAAGACUAAUAAGUAAGGAGGAAAAAAAAGAAUGUAGAUAUAAUUUUGACUUUUCCAAGGGGAAAAAAAUGAACAUAAAAACCAUAACAGAUAGUGACAAUUUCUACAUUUUAUUAAAAAUGUACAAAAUGAAAAAUGAGGAAAUCUUUAAUUUCUUGAAAACCCAAAAAAGGCUGAUUAUUACCAAAUUAGAGAAAUUUAAAAAGGUUUACAUAGAUGUGGAAAGAAGCGAUAAAAGGGAAAAUUUAGAUUAUUCGAAAAAUGGUGAAAUGCAUAAAAUUAGCGAAAUAUACGAAACGGGUGAUAUGCGUGAUAAGCGUGUAGUGCUUGAAAACGAAUAUGUGAGGGUAAAAAAGAAGCUGUAUAGGAAUAUUUACUCAUACAAAUGCUUGGAAGUGUGUGUAUAUAUAAUAAUUCUGUUGAAACAUUUUAAGCAUUUUUUUCAAUUGAAUGAAGUUAUCCUUGAGAUAUUUCAAGGCUUUAACAGGCUUAACUUUUUACUGCUUUAUAAAUUUAUAUGCAAUGAUUAUAAUUAUAUAAUAAAUUAUUAUAUCAAUAAUAAUAAAUAUAAUUUACUCUUUAAUGUAAUUAUAUUAUUUCCACAGAAUGUGCUGUUAGAUGUAUUACGAGAACAUGCUUUCAUUCUGUUUCUUCACAAGCCACAAAAAUACGUGGACAUGUUACUUUUCUAUGAUAACUUAAUUGAUGAUUACAUGAAUAUAAUUAUUUGCAUGUUCAUAACUAUUUAUUUUUUUAAAAAUAGGAAGAAAAAGAAGGAAGAAAAAGCUAGUACAAAAGGUAACAAAAGUAGUGAUGCAACGUAUGAGAAACAUGCAGAUGAAUGCAUUCGAUUUUUAGAAUACAUAUCAAAUAUAUUAAUAGAAGAGAAUUCUUUAGAAAAAAAAGAAAAUUACAUGUACACAUUUGAAUGUACAUGGAAGAAUAAUCAUAUAAUAAAUUGCUUGCUUAUUUUGUAUAUAGAAAAAGAGGAAAAUGAAAAAAUUAAAAAAUUUUUAAACAGAUUAAAAUCCUCCGCUGUUCACUUUGACUAUUUGUUUAUCAUACGAUUUUUAAAGGAAAGACAAAAAGAAAAUUUUAUCCCGCAUAUUUAUAUUUUAAUGAAAUAUUUUGAAGAAGCAGUUGAUAAGUCUCUAGAAUUAGGUGAUUACAAAACAGCUAAAAAUGCUGUCAUAUUGUGUGAAGAUGAAGAAGAAAAAAAAAAACUUUUCCUUAAAAUAAUUAAACAUAUCUCCGGAAAUCUAAAUGAUAAAAAUUUGAAGGAAAUAAUAAAUCUUGUACGGGAUUCGAAUUCUAUAUUAAAUUUGCACGAUAUUCUACCAUAUAUUAAUGAAAAUACUAUUAUUGAGUAUUUGAAAAAAGAUAUAUGUUCUUUGUUAGAAGUAUAUAACUUAAAAAUUAAGGCCAAAAAACAAGAAAUUAAGGAAAACUUACAAACAAUUGAUUUAUUAAAUAAGGAUAUUAAAAAUGUUAAAAAAAAACAUGUAAUACUUGACAAAAAUGAAAUAUGUUAUAUUUGUAAAAAGACUGUUCAUUAUAAAAAGUUUUAUGUUUUUUCAUGCCAACAUUAUUUCCAUAGCAUAUGUUCUCUAAACAUAUACAUAAAUUCCAAGUCCAAAGAAGAGCUGUUCCAGUUUUUUUCUGUACUUCAUAAUUAUAAAAAUUCAUUAAUUAAUAAAAAUGAGAAAGAUACAUUAAUAUAUGAAACAAAAAUUGAUGAAAUAUUAACGGAAGAAUGUUUCAUAUGUGGAUCCUUUUCCAUAAAUUCCAUUACGCAGAGUUUUAUCUCUCAAAAUGAGUCAGACUUGGUUGAAAGCUGGAUGAUAUCCAAGGAAUAG